AUGGCUAGUAAUUUAAAUAAUACAAAUUAUAAUGAUGAUAAAAAUACAGCUAAAACAAAUCCAAAUAUUGCUUUGCUUCUUCGAUUAUUGUCAAACCCAAUAGCUUUACAGCAAAUACUUCCCUCUAUAAUACAAACUACAUCAGCAUCAAGUGCUAUUGUAGAUGCUUCAUUUCCACAAGGGUCUGCUCAAAACCCUAUUACUAAAGAAGAGUGGAAACAGUGGAAGAAAACAAAAAGCCCAGAUGAGGAUUGGAAAGACUUUUUAUAUAUACCACAUAAUACAUACUG